UACUCAUACUCCUAUGAACAUAUACCCCUGCUUGGCCUAUAUAAACCCAUCUACCCUUAUAGACCUAAACCCUCAACUCACCGACAGUACACCUAGCUAAAUAGCUAGAGCGAGCUUCCUACAAGUAAGCACCUACCAGCUCACUCUAGCUAGCUUUACUAGCAACAAACAAUGGCGGCGACCAAGAAAACCUUCUCGGCGGCGACGCUCCUGGUGCUCGUCAUAGCGAGCACGUUCAUUGCCAGCAGCAACGCGUGCAGCAGCUGCCACCACACGACCCCGUCCCCUCCGCCUCCGGCGGCGCCGGCUGCCGACUGCCCUCCGCCGCCCUACUCGCCAUCGCCGUCGGGGUACUGCCCCACGGACACGCUGAAGCUGGGCGUGUGCGCCAACGUGCUGGGCCUUGUGAAGGUGGAGCUGGGCCACCCGCCGUCCGGCGAGUGCUGCAGCCUCCUCGGCGGGCUCGCCGACCUCGAGGCCGCCGUGUGCCUCUGCACGGCGCUCAAGGCCAACGUGCUCGGCAUCGUCCUCAACAUCCCCGUCAAGCUCAGCCUCCUCCUCAACUACUGCGGCAAGACCGCUCCCCAAGGCUUCAUCUGCGCUUAAAUUGAGCAUCAACGAUUGAUUGCCCCAUGCUUGAUGCAUUUUAAUUACCUGUACGUGCUUGCAUUUUGAAUAUUUUGUUUGUUUGCUUGUUCCAAAUUUAACGUCGGUCUCGUCAUGAAUUCGGGUUCAGUCGGUCAGGGAGUAAGUGAGUAGUUUUGUUGCGUGUGUUCAUUUCGUAUAUGCAUUGGUUUUAAUUUAUAUUUGGGUGUAAAAGACAUAUAUAUGGUGGGUCUCUGUGGUUGAGCAAUAAUCUCAUUGGUUAAGCAUGUAACAGUACUUGUAUUUGCUGAUGAAAUGUACGUAAUUCGCAUAGCAUUGAUUCCAAA